GGCGGCGUCGGCGCCCGCUGCGUGGUGUGCUGUUCCGCCUUAAGUGCUGCCCACUUGCGCGCGCCUCGGUCGUAAUCGGCCCGGGAAUCAAUCAGGACACAGUGAUGGCUGCCCCACGCCGCCCGGGGCCCUCCUCGCCGUCCCGGCACGUCUUACAAACUCCGUGCACUGGGAGAGCAAGCCCUGCCAGAGACCACAGCGGCCAGAUUGAGCAGGCAGUCCCGCUGCCCGUGGGCCGUCGCCGCACGUGAAAAGCCAGCAAUCCCCUUGGAAUUACCAGAGGAAGCGCUGGCCGCCAAAAAAACGGGAGCGGGGGCGCUCCGUAGCGCACUUACAGCCACAGGGAGAAGCAUAGCAGCACAAAAUGACCUCCUACGGUAUCUGGCGCGACAAAUACCCUCCGAAGCCUGACAUUCCGGACGCGGCGCUCUGGAAGGACAAAUAUAAGCAGCCGCUGCGCUCAUCCAGCGCGUACCAGGCGUCCAUCGCCCAACCGAGCCGCCCGAAAAGCGUGCGGAGACGGCGCCGGCGGCCGACGCAGUACCAGCGAGACGCGUCGACUGUUGGCAGCUUCGACACGUUGAGCUACCACGACGGCGCGCGGACCAUCGUCAUGGUCCACCGCAACGACAUCUGGUGCCGCGAGCACCGAAAGGUACUCGAUCCUUGGGUUGUCGGGGUCUUCCAAAGGCCCGACUGCCGCUACCUUGAGCUCCGCGCGAAGCGCGAGGCGCCGCGGGGCUUGGAGGUGAGUCUGCGCAUCAGCGAUCGACAGAUUAACGCGCGGGCGCAUCCGUACGACCUGCAGCACUGGGCGACGCGCGUGCUCCCGUUCGCCGUCGAGCUGUACUUUCCCGGCCGGGACCGGGCCCUGCCCCGGCUGCGGUUGCGGAGAGACUUCUUCAAGUAUCUCAUCGACGACGUCAUCCUCGACACGCCGAAUAGCGUCCGGGCGACGCUGAACGUCGCCAUGGUAAACUAAUCACAUGUUAACUAAAA